AUGGGCGAAAGAGCGCGAAAAAUAUUGGGUUUGCUGCAAGAUAAUGCUGGUACACUUGGUUCCAGCACAAAUAGAAAUACAAGCACAACAAAAUCUAAUAGUGAAAUUGAAGGAAAUAACCAAACCGAGUUAACGAAUGAAUUCCAUUUAAUGCCGUUUUAUGUACCGCACGAAACUAAAACAAGUGGCAAUUGUGAGUUUCCUAAUAGCAAUACUCUAACAGAGUUGAAGAAUGUAUUUGAUGGUUGGGAGUACAAUAACGAUAACUCCGAAAAUAAUGAAGAAGGAUUGAAUAAUGAUUCAUCUAAAUCAGAUGAAGACCCAUAUGCUACGGACAGUGAUUCGGAUUAUGUUCCCGAAGAUAUAGUUACGAUGGAAAAGGAAUCGGAUUCUAUAGAAGUUGCACAAAACCAUAACAGUAAUAGCCCUCAAAAAUCUGACAUUGAGGAAGUAAAAAAGUCAAGUACAAAAAGGAAGAGAAAUGAAAAUAUUUGGAAACGGAAUGUAGCGAAAACUCUAAGAAAUAGUGGGAAAUCUUACGUAAACAUAAGAAACAAGGUAGUUCGUGAAAGAAAAUUAAAGAAGAGUUGUUCAGAAAACUGUCGACUGAAAUGCCCACAGAAGAUUUGUGAAAACAUGCGUGAAAAAAUUUUUGCACAGUUUUGGAAAACAGGUGAUGUUGAUCGACAAAGGGAUUUUAUUGCACGUUUCGUAGAUUUUAAAGAAAAGAAGCGCGUACGUGUCAGAAAUUCGACACCAUCGUCUAAGGAUUUAGACAAAGGAGAACCUGAAAUAUCAAAUACUUCAGAUUUAAGCAGCCGUCGAAGAAUGACAUACUUCUACCACUUCGUUUCAGCAGAAAACAAGCGAGAAAAGGUAUGUCAAACGUUCUUUCUUAAUACCCUAGACAUAAGCCAUCAAGUAGUAAAAACGGUCGCAAACCGACUUUCUGGAGUGGAGAACAAUAAUAUUGUGAUCAGUAAAGAUCAAAGAGGAAAAACCCCAUGUACGAUUCGCCUUACUGAUGAACAAAAAGGUAUCGCAAAAGAUCAUAUUAAUUCAUUUGAGAAAAUUGAAAGUCAUUAUUGCAGAAAAGAUUCAGCAAAGCAAUACUUACAUUCGUCACUAAAUGUUUCUAAAAUGUAUCGAAUGUACUGUGAGUAUUGCGCGAAUAUAAAUAAAGGUCCUAUUCGUGAGUCUGCUUAUCGUGCUAUUUUUAAAAAUGAAUUUAAUUUAGGAUUUCAUAUCCCCAAAAAGGACCAGUGCGAUUUAUGUACGAAUUUUGAACAUUGUGUUGGCAAAGAGAAGGAAGUACUAGAAGCGAAAGUAACUAAACACUUACAAAAUAAGGAUGUUAUAAGGACACAAAAAGAGCUAGAUAAACAACGGGCCAAUUCCGAUCCUAAUUUUUGCGUUUGUGUUUUUGAUUUGCAACAAGUGUUACCAUGUCCAAAAAUUGAAGUAGGCCCGGCAUAUUAUAAGUCAAAGCUAUCAACUUUUAAUUUAACAGUAUUCGAUAUCGGUAAGAAACAGGGAUAUUGUUUUAUGUGGCACGAAGUGAUUGCUGCACGUGGGUCAUGUGAAAUAGGGAGCUGCAUCCUUGCUUUUCUUAAAAGAAAGGCGCUGGAGGAUAAUUGCACAGAAUUUUCAUUCUACGCUGAUAACUGUGCAGGACAAAAUAAAAACAAGUUUUUAUACGUCCUCUUAUUGUAUGCUGCGGUUACUUAUAACUUGAAAAUUACUUUACGUUUUAUGGAGGUAGGGCAUACACAAAACGAAGGCGAUUCAAUGCACAGCGUCAUUGAAAGAUGUGCCAGACGGAUACCAGUUUACACUCCUGCACAAUGGUAUACAAUUGCGAGAGUAGCUUGCAUCAAAAAACCCUAUAUAGUAAAAGAAAUGGAGCAGAAAGAUUUCUUUGAUCUAAAAAACUUGCUCUCAAAAACUACCAAAAAUAUAGAUAAAGAUGUACUGGGAACUCAAAUUAAAUGGUCAGAGGUAUCAUGCGUGUCAGUAGAUGUUCAUCAUCCGGAAGAAAUUAGAGUAACUUACAAGUUAAAUGAAUAUGAAGGAGUUAUUAAUAUUGCCGAUCGUGCGAGAAAGAAGUUAAACAAGCUAUCAGAAUAUGAACUACUGCAGCUACGCAAAGAUGCGAUUCCCCUGAAGAAACAAAAGUAUGAUUCUUUAGUUUAUCUUUGUAAUCACAAUUCAAUACUAAAAGAAUAUCAAGAGUUCUUCAUUAACUUACCACACGAAACAGUAUAAUAUUAGUUUUUAAGAUCUGCUUACAAAAAAUUACGUUUUUA